CCCAGUAGCUAAUACUACCACCGUGCAUGCUCUAAACACCCGAACUCCUCUGCACCUUUUUUACCUUCUUCUGCUUUUAUCAAAUAUAAUAUAUAUUCAGAAAAUGGGAGCUUCUCCUCCUCCUUCUUUUAGUGUCGUUUUCAUGUUUGUUCUUGUGCUUUUGAUCAUGAGGAGCAGUAGUACUUCUGCUCAGCUCUCCACAAAUUUCUACUCUAAAUCCUGUCCAAAGGUCUUCUCCACGGUUAAGUCUGCAGUUCAAUCUGCAGUGUCGAAAGAGCGCCGCAUGGGUGCUUCUCUCGUUCGCUUGUUCUUCCAUGACUGUUUUGUCAAUGGCUGUGAUGGGUCAAUACUCCUGGACGAUACUUCUUCUUUCAAAGGGGAGAAAACUGCGGGUCCUAAUAAUAAUUCCGUUAGAGGGUUUAAUGUUGUUGAUGACAUUAAGGCCAAGGUGGAGAAAGUUUGUCCUGGUGUAGUUUCCUGUGCUGAUAUCGUAGCCAUUGCAGCUCGGGACUCUGUUGUUAUUCUUGGAGGACCUGACUGGGAUGUUAAGCUUGGAAGAAGGGAUUCAAAGACCGCCAGCUUCUCUGCUGCUAAUAGUGGUGUCAUCCCACCUCCUACUUCUACCCUGAGCCAACUCAUCAAUAGAUUCCAAGCCAGAGGUCUUUCUGCCAAGGACAUGGUUGCAUUAUCUGGGGCACACACAAUUGGGAAGGCAAGGUGCAUACUUUUCAGAGCACGCAUAUACAAUGAGACGAACAUCGAUAGUUCAUUUGCAAAGGCAAGGCGAAGUAGCUGUCCAAGAACCAGCGGCUCAGGAGACAACAAUCUUGCACCUCUGGACGUCGGGACCCCAGAUUCCUUUGACACAAACUACUUCCAAAACCUCUUGAACCAAAAGGGUCUGCUCCACUCAGACCAGAUACUCUUCAAUGGCGGAUCCACGGAUUCAUUGGUUAAAACAUACAGCAGCCGCACCAAGACAUUCUAUUCCGACUUCGUUACUGCCAUGAUAAAGAUGGGAGAUAUUACGCCACUAACCGGAUCAAGUGGUGAAAUCAGGAAGAAUUGCAGGAGGCCCAAUUAAUUAAUUUAUCUCUUUGGUUUAGAAAUUCCAAGUGUUCUUUUGCUUUUGGCUCAAAUUUCCAAUAAUUGGAGGACUAGCCUGUUCGCUUGCUGAUAUGGUAAGACAGUUACAAAGAAAAACUGUACUUUCUACCGUUUCUGAUAAAACCCAAAAAAAAAAACCUGUGAGAUUGUAUUCGCAAUGACAAAUUAUUCGCCCUUUUUAUUUAGAUUAAAAAUGAUGUCAUAUGCAUGUUGAUGCUUGAGUUCCAAAAGGGACAAAUCUUAAACACAAGUUUGUGCAA